AUUUCAGUGCCCACAGUAGACAACAGCGAACCUCCACCUACCCGUAUGCCAGAGCUUUCUACCUGAAGAUCACCGCAACCACUCUUGAAACUUCGUGCCCUUCCCCAAAAACUGUGAUCCAAUUGAGAAUCCGAGUUUCUUUACUCCAUCCUGCGGGUAAAGGGUCACCAAAUCCAUCGUUUCUAUCUGUGCCUUUUCCCAGUCUUGAAAAUGGCUUCUAUCAACAUUUCCUGCCCUUCAACAGCUCUUUCUUGCUCCCAAGCAUCGAAAAACUUCAACUUGUUGAAUGGUGGAACUCCCCAUCCCACCAAGGGGUUCCCUUCGAGGUCUUUCAAUUGGCUGAAUCUUAAAGCGCCCUUCAGUAUUAAAAGGGAUAGUACGACUAGAUCGGUAUUGCUAUCUGGUCAGGGUGAUUCGCUGUCUCCUUCCAAUGGUGCAAUAGCCAAUGACCUGUCCUCGGGAAUCGAGACACAAGCUGAUGCUUUAGCUUUUGGAACACUCGUGGCGGAUAUCAUCCCCACACCAAGCGGGUUUCCUGCCGAGGUUGAUGAAUUCGAUUUGGACGAGCCCACAGAAGGUUUUGCAUCUAUUCCAGAUGCCAUUGAAGACAUUCGCCAAGGGAAGAUGGUACUGGUUGUGGAUGACGAGGACCGAGAAAACGAAGGAGAUCUAAUAAUGGCAGCAUCGAAAGUUACGCCAGAAGCAAUGGCCUUUAUUGUGAGGCACGGGACUGGAAUUGUCUGUGUGAGUAUGAUGGAGGAAGAUUUGGAAAGGUUACAGAUACCUUUGAUGGUGAAUCACAAGGAUAACGAGGAGAAACUUUGCACUGCAUUCACAGUUUCAGUGGAUGCGAAACACGGAACAACUACUGGAGUUUCAGCUCGUGAUAGAGCAACAACAAUAUUGGCUCUUGCGUCGCAAGAUUCUAAGCCCGAGGAUUUCAACCGACCUGGCCAUAUAUUUCCUUUGAAGUACCGGAAGGGUGGGGUUCUAAAAAGAGCCGGACAUACAGAAGCGUCUAUGGAUCUUGCUAUGCUAGCUGGGUUAGAACCGGUUGGAGUUCUAUGCGAGGUUGUGGAUGAUGAUGGUUCCAUGGCUAGGUUACCUAAGCUUCGACAAUUUGCACAGACAAAUGAUAUAAAGAUUAUAUCAAUUGCCGAUUUAAUCAGAUAUAGGAGGAAAAGGGACAAAUUAGUGGAACAUUCUUCGGCUGCAAGGAUACCGACGAUGUGGGGUCCAUUCACUGCCCACUGUUACAGAUCAGUCUUGGAUGGGAUCGAACACAUUGCAAUGGUUAAGGGCGAGAUUGGGGAUGGGCAAGAUAUUCUUGUUCGAGUGCACUCGGAGUGCCUUACGGGGGACAUAUUUGGUUCAGCAAGAUGUGAUUGCGGGAGCCAAUUGGCACUUGCAAUGCAACAAAUCGAGGCGGCUGGCAGGGGCGUUUUGGUCUACCUUCGUGGCCACGAAGGAAGAGGAAUCGGUUUGGGCCACAAACUCCGGGCCUACACUCUACAGGAUGCUGGGCGUGACACUGUUGAAGCAAACGAGGAACUCGGUUUACCAGUUGAUUCAAGAGAGUAUGGAAUCGGUGCACAGAUACUAAGGGAUCUUGGCGUUCGAACUAUGAAGCUGAUGACAAAUAACCCCGCAAAAUACGUUGGGCUCAAGGGCUACGGUUUGUCAGUCGCGGGAAGGGUACCCCUCUUAACUCCCAUCACAAAAGACAACAAAAGAUACCUGGAAACGAAGCGCGCCAAAAUGGGGCACAUAUAUGGCUUGAACUUCAAAGAGCUUAUACACAACCCAAGCGAAACCGACAGCAAAACCAACAUCAAGAAUGCGCCCAAUGUUCCAGAUUCAUAAGUUUCAGUCUAACAAUAAUUGUGAAAACUGAAAUGUUUUUGCAAGGAUGUUACUGACAUUCUUGGGAUUUUAACCUAGAUUGAUUUAUUCAUAUUGUUUUUGGAUCAGAGAUUCUUGUGAUUUUGAAUGUGGUAAUAUAUGGAAGUCUCAAGAUUUAGUUAGUUUAGUUGGGCAAUGCAAAUUGCUAAUAUGAAUAGGGAUUGUUAAAUGGAAAGCUGAUUUGGAUCUGUUUGUCUGUGUUAUUAGGUAAGAAGUGUUGGGCAUUCUUAUACAUUACAAUGAUUCAUUGGAACUAUGAUUUCUUGA